CUUGCCCAGUGGCUUUGUCAUCAAAGUGCAAGCAAGUACUUAUAAAGGGAAAUUGAGGUAAGGACUUGUAUUUCGAAAGAAUAUGGAUGAAUGACAUUUUGCCAGACUGUUGACAAAGUGUCGAAACAGAAGCAGUGUCGCAAUGUAGCACUUAAUGAAAUUUCUUUCAAUCGGCGUCCUAUCGUAACAUGCCCCAGAGAUUAAGUUCCCCGGUAUUUAAGGCUGAACGCAGAGGCGAAGUGCUAUCAGAUACAGUUGCAGAUAUUACUGGCGUCGUCUGCUACUGCUAUGAUGUACUGCGUUCGGGCUCUUCACAGCCAGGGAACACCAUGGCUGAUUGCUGCACAAGAAAUUCAACGGCGAUGCUUUCAUGUUUCGCCGCUUGCUGCUGCAGCUCGGAAAGUUGCCACGAGCAGGCUCGACAAAGACAGUUACUUGCCCUACGAGAAACUUGAAAAGAACCUGGGUAUUGUUAAAAAGAGACUGGCUCGUCCUCUGACAUUGACUGAAAAGGUUCUGUAUUCUCAUUUGGAUGAACCAGAGAAGCAGGAUAUUGAACGUGGCAAAAGUUACCUCAGAUUGAGACCAGACCGUGUUGCAAUGCAAGAUGUAACCGCACAGAUGGCAAUGCUGCAGUUUAUCUCAUCAGGUCUGCCGAGGGUUGCUGUCCCUUCAACAAUACACUGUGAUCAUCUUAUUGAAGCUCAGGUUGGUGGUGAAAAAGAUCUUGCAAGAGCCAAGAAUCUCAACCAAGAAGUGUAUGACUUCCUGAGUUCAGCUUGUGCCAAGUAUGGAAUUGGUUUCUGGAAACCUGGUUCUGGGAUCAUUCAUCAGAUUAUCCUUGAGAAUUAUGCAUUCCCAGGACUGUUAAUGAUUGGUACUGACUCUCACACACCAAAUGGUGGAGGGCUUGGUGGUCUGUGUAUUGGAGUUGGCGGAGCUGAUGCUGUUGAUGUUAUGGCAGAUAUUCCAUGGGAACUCAGAUGCCCAAAGGUAAUUGGAGUAAAGUUGACAGGCAAGUUGAAGGGAUGGACGUCACCCAAAGAUAUCAUUUUGAAAGUUGCUGGAAUACUCACUGUGAAAGGAGGCACUGGUGCUAUUGUGGAGUACCAUGGUCCUGGAGUGGACUCAAUUUCGUGCACUGGUAUGGCCACUAUUUGUAACAUGGGUGCUGAGAUUGGUGCAACCACUUCAAUUUUCCCAUACAAUCGGCGUAUGAGAGACUAUUUGGUAGCCACAAAUAGAGAGGAAAUUGCUGAGGAGGCAGACAAACAUGUUGAGUCACUUUUCUCAGCAGAUCCAGGAGCAACUUAUGAUCAGAUAAUAGAGCUGAACUUGGACACAUUAGAACCACACAUCAAUGGACCUUUCACUCCAGAUUUAUGUCAUCCUGUUUCAAAAGUUGGUCAAACAGCUAAGGAGAAAGGAUGGCCUGUGGACAUUAGAGUGGGUCUCAUUGGUAGUUGCACAAAUUCUAGUUAUGAGGACAUGGGCCGAUGUGCAAGCAUUGUCAAGCAAGCACUAAAACAUGGACUCAAAUCGAAGAUUCCAUUCAAUGUAACACCUGGAUCUGAACAAGUGCGAGCAACAAUUGAGAGGGAUGGAAUUGCAGAAACACUAAGAAAGUUCGGAGGCACAGUCUUGGCUAACGCCUGUGGACCUUGUAUUGGACAAUGGGAUCGAAAAGAUAUUAAGAAAGGAGAGAAAAACACAAUUGUUUCUUCAUACAACCGUAACUUCACUGGACGAAAUGAUGCAAAUCCUGCAACACAUGCCUUUGUGACAUCACCUGAGCUCGUUACUGCUCUGUCCAUUGCAGGCACCCUUGACUUUGACCCCAGGAGGGAUACCCUGAAGGGAGCAGAUGGCAAGGAAUUUAAGUUGGAUGACCCCUUCGCUGAUGAACUGCCACCUAAAGGCUUCGAUCCAGGUGAGGACACAUACCAGGCUCCUCCAGCAGAUGGUGGCAAAUUGAAAGUUAAUGUUGAUCCUAAGAGCCAACGUCUACAACUUCUAGAACCAUUUGAUGCAUGGGAUGGAAAGGACCUCACUGACAUGGCAAUACUCAUUAAGGUAGAGGGCAAGUGCACAACUGAUCACAUCUCUGCAGCAGGACCGUGGCUGAAAUAUAGAGGCCAUCUGGAUAACAUUUCGAACAACCUGUUCAUAGGAGCUGUGAAUGCUGAUAAUGGUGAAAUGAACAAAGUGAAAAAUCAAAUUACUGGUGAAUGGGGACCAGUCCCAGAUGUCGCGAGAGCUUACAAAGCUAAGGGUAUUCGUUGGGUAGCUGUUGGAGAUGAGAAUUAUGGAGAAGGAAGCAGCAGGGAGCUUGCUGCACUGGAACCUCGUUAUUUGGGUGGUCGAGCCAUCAUUGUGAAGUCAUUUGCUCGUAUUGCCGAGACCAACCUGAAGAAGCAGGGUCUACUGCCACUCACUUUCGCUAAUCCUGCAGACUAUGACAAAAUACAGGCUUCAGAUAAGAUCUCACUUCUUGGACUUCAAAAUCUUGCCCCUGGAAAGCCUGUAACUGCAGAACUGAAACAUGCAGAUGGCAGGAAAGAACAGAUACAAUUGAAUCACACACUGAACGAGCAGCAUAUAGAAUGGUUCAAGGCAGGGAGUGCCCUUAAUCAUAUGAAGAGAAUUGCAGCAGGAAAGUAAAGGAGAUAUGGUACACCAUUAUUUAUGCAAGAAGUAGACAAUUGAAGGACUGUAACAAGUGAAAUUUUGUGUAUAUGAUGAACAUAUUGUUCUAUGUUCGUAAUACUACACAUUUGUGAUAGAGCGUAUGUGCAGUAAUUUACACACACUGAAGAAUUGUAAGAUAAAAUGAUGGGAAGUCCAGGAUGGAAUAAUAAUAAUAACAACAAUAAUAAUAAUAUGAAAAGGGUAGACUGCUAGUCAUCACAUAGAGGAGGUGCUGAGCCACGGAAAGACUCAAUGGAAAGACUGUUAAACUUAAGCUUUUGCCACCUUAGACAACAGUUGUGUGUGUGUGUGUGUGUGUGUGUGUGUGUGUGUGUGUGUGUGUGUGUCGCUUCUGAUGAAGGACUUUUCUGUCUGAAAGCUAAAAGUAGAGCAGUCUUUUCAUUGUGCCUGUCUGUGACUCAAUGCGUCUUAUAUGUGGUGAGUAGCAAUCUAUCCUUUCCAUAUUGUUAGUAUUUAAGACAGCUAUUCUAACCAUUUUAUUGUAAAUGAGCUAUUGUUACACAGUGCCUUCUUUUCUGUAAGUAAUUUUUGAUAAUUACUGAAAUCAACACCAACAUUUAACUGCUGUACGUAGUAUAUUAUGGUGCUAAUCAUGAUGAUGGUAUGUUACUAAAAUAUUAUGGUCUGCUGUAUGUAAAAAUUAAUAACAGACAUCAGUGGAGCAAGAUUCACGAAAGUUGAAAAAGAUGCAAGAGAACUGGAAAUUUCUCCUAAAGAUAUCCAGGAGCACAAUCUGCAUGAGAAAAAAUUAUGAAUGUACAAAGAUUUCUAGGAAUAGCUGAAGUUGAAGACAGGGAAGGCUUGGACCAAAGAGAAUAAAGAACAUUGGAAAUGAAUGGAGGGGGAGGAGGAGGAGGAGGAGGAGGAGGAGAAGGAGAAGGAGAAGAAUGGAGUCAUAUGAUUGUUUACUGAGUAUGGACCAGUGCAGCCCUAAAGACUGUAUCAGUUGAAGUAAGGCUAUUAGUUUUAUACUCAUUUCCUAAAGCAUGGAAGGAGCCUGGAACAUGCAAAUACGUUCUUCUCACAACUAGGGUAUUGUGGUGUUACACUUCAAAAAGCAAUAAUUGAAGUGUGUUAAUUUCUGUCUCUGCAGCUGAGACACUUGUUUGCAUUGACAAAUGUGGUAUCUACAUUCCUAUAUACCUAUUGUAAGAUAGACCCUGAGAGCUUUCUAAACAUUCCAUUGUUCUGUAGUUGGAAUUUCAAUCAGAUUUAAAUAUAACACAUUUUGUGGAGUUUUUUAUUCAGAUGGAAAAUAAAUUGUGAUGCUUA